CCCCUCUUUCUCUCUCUCGGUCAUGCCUAACUGAUCCGUACUGGCUUGAGGGUUUUCCUUGUGGGCCUAUCAAGCCUCGGACUCUCUCUCUCUCGGUCAUGUUCCCUUUCGGUUUUCUUUUUCAUCUUCAAUCUCACGUCUGGCGGUAGUUCCCUACCAACGUGCAACGGCGAGCCGGACGAAAAUCUCUGCGAGGGUUGCAUCUAGCUUAUAUUUGUUUGAAACUGGGAUAAGAAGCAUAGGGAAGCAAAAGUUUGUUACUGUACCAUUACUGUUUUGAAGCGUGACAUUCUGAAGCAGGAAUAAAGUUGCAUAAAACGGAAAAAUGAAUAUGAUGAAUCUUGCAACAAGACUCUGUAGACAAGUAAAUCUCAAAGAACUGGUUUCACAAAUUCCUGUGUAUAGUGGCCCUAAUGGUGCUGCUGGAGGAGGAUUGAGCUUGAUGAUCAGACGUUGGGCUACAAAAAAGUCAGCUGGAUCCACGAAGAAUGGCAGAGAUUCAAAACCAAAGAAUCUUGGAGUGAAGAAAUUUGGGGGAGAGAGAGUGCUACCUGGAAAUAUAAUAGUUCGCCAGCGUGGUACCCGUUUCCAUCCAGGCAACUAUGUAGGGAUGGGGAAGGAUCACACCCUCUAUGCUUUGAAAGAAGGGUGUGUCAAAUUUGAACGUCACAAGCUGAGUGGUCGCAAGUGGGUUCAUGUUGAACCCAAGGAAGGGCAUGUACUACAUCCUGUUUACACAAAUGUUACUGCUUCUAAAUCGAAGACAACUGUUUGAGUCCAAGCUUCCCUGUUGAAGUUGGUGUUAGAGACGGGGAUGCAACUCUUAUAGGAGUGGUUUAUUCUUCUGGGGCUUUAGUUAGGCUCGUAAUAAUGUCUUCCAGGAUGAAAUUCUUUGGAUGGGCCAAAACAUGGAGGUACCAAAUUUUCUUGCAUUUUUUGUUUUUGUUUUAUUUUCUCUUUUGUGGCUUUUGUUCUUUGUCAUUAUUGUAUUCCCUUAACAAUAUUUGGUUCUUUUUUUUUUGAGUUGUAAAUGGAUCGGAUUUAAUCUGAUUCAACCUUGAACCCAAUUAGUUUAACUGUUUAAGCCGGAUUCAGGUAUUUUAACCAUAAACAGAAUGGAUGGGAUUUGAGAAUGUGAUCCAUAUAGUAAUUGAUCUGAUCCACUAAGAUCUGAUUUGAUUAA